GUGAGUGUCUGUUACACACAUGGGAUUCCAGAAUUUUGGUUGGAUUAGUGAAAUUUUUGUUAAACAAUUCCCAAUAUACCUUUUACUUUCUCUUCCUUUCAUUUCAUUUCCCUUGUUUGAUCAGAAGAGAAAGAAGAUGCAGCAGUGACACCAAACACACAACAACACAACAGUGAACAACUCAUAAUACCCAACACACAUCAAAAUCAAAUCAUAUGCUACCUCGAACUCCAAGGUUGUCUCUCGGCUAGGGUUUUCAGUUCGCCACCAAAUCCAACUCAACUCCACGCUCCUGCAAAUGGUCCUCUUAUUCUUCGGCUCUUCGAGAUCGACCAUUCGUGCCGCGAUAAUGCUAAACAAUACUUACUCUUAGGUCUAUUCAACCACCAGCAAGCGCGAAUCCUUUGCUCCAAUCAAAAUGCAAUUCGCCAAGCUCGAUGACUCUCCUAUGUUCCGCAAGCAGAUACAAUGCAUGGAGGAAAGUGCUGAAUCUUUAAGAGAGAGAAGUUUAAAAUUUUACAAAGGAUGUAGAAAAUACACUGAAGGUCUUGGGGAGGCCUACGAUGGAGACAUUGCAUUUGCCAGUGCCCUAGAAACUUUUGGUGGUGGACAUAAUGACCCAAUCAGUGUGGCUUUUGGAGGCCCUGUUAUGACCAAAUUCACCAUAGCCCUAAGAGAAAUUGGGACAUACAAGGAAGUCCUUCGAUCACAGGUUGAGCAUAUGCUAAAUGACAGAUUGCUUCAGUUUGUCAAUAUUGAUUUGCAAGAGGUCAAGGAAGCACGGAAACGCUUUGACAAGGCUAGUCUUAUAUAUGACCAGACUCGGGAGAGGUUUCUGUCACUAAGAAAAGGCACUAAAACUGAUGUAGCUACUGCUCUGGAAGAGGAGCUUCAUAGUGCAAGAUCAACAUUUGAGCAAGCUCGAUUUAAUCUGGUAACGGCCUUGUCAACUGUUGAAGCAAAGAAGAGAUUUGAAUUUUUGGAAGCAGUCAGUGGGACCAUGGAUGCACAUCUUCGUUACUUCAAACAGGGUUACGAGUUGUUGCACCAAAUGGAGCCAUAUAUUAACCAGGUCUUGACUUAUGCUCAGCAAUCAAGAGAAAGAUCCAAUUAUGAGCAGGCAGCCCUGAAUGAAAGAAUGCAAGAAUACAAACGACAGAUUGAUCGGGAGAGUAGGUGGUCAUCAAAUGGUUCUAAUGGGUCCCCUAAUGGAGAUGGUAUACAAGCCAUUGGUAGAAGUUCACAUAAGAUGAUAGAGGCUGUUAUGCAAUCUGCUGCAAAGGGAAAGGUUCAAACAAUUCGACAAGGUUAUCUCUCAAAGCGUUCCUCAAACUUAAGGGGUGACUGGAAGAGGAGAUUUUUUGUUCUUGAUAGUCGGGGAAUGCUGUAUUACUAUCGUAAGCAGUGCAGCAAAUCAUCUGGGUCGAGUAGUCAACAUUCUGGCCAGAGGAAUAGUUCUGAGCUUGGUUCUGGACUUUUAAGUCGAUGGCUGUCUUCUCAUCACCAUGGUGGGGUACAUGAUGAAAAAUCUGUUGCUCACCACACUGUGAACCUGCUUACGUCAACAAUCAAAGUAGAUGCUGACCAAUCAGAUUUGAGGUUUUGCUUCCGGAUCAUUUCACCGACAAAGAACUACACUUUGCAGGCAGAGAGUGCGCUGGACCAGAUGGAUUGGAUUGAAAAAAUCACUGGUGUUAUUGCCUCACUACUGAGUUCUCAGAUCCCUGAAAGGAUGUUGCCUGCAAGCCCAAUGGGAAGUGGUCAUCAUAGGUCUACUAGUGAGAGUAGUUCUUUUGAAAGUUCAGAUUUCGAUCACUCUGCUGUUGAAGAAUGUGCAGCAGAUAGAAGUCUUGCUUCUGCACAUCUGGAGCGCCCCUCAAGAAGUUUACAACAGCAGCGAUCCUGCACUAAAAGUGAGAAGCCGAUUGAUGUGCUGCGAAGAGUUUGUGGGAAUGAUAAAUGUGCUGAUUGUGGUGCUCCUGAACCUGAUUGGGCAUCACUAAAUCUUGGUGUUCUUGUUUGCAUUGAGUGUUCUGGUGUGCAUCGCAACCUUGGUGUGCACAUAUCAAAGGUCAGAUCUCUUACUUUGGAUGUUAAAGUGUGGGAACCUUCUGUCAUAAGUUUAUUUCAGUCUCUUGGGAAUACUUUUGCCAACUCCGUCUGGGAGGAAUUAUUACAAUCAAGAAGUGCCAUUCAGGUUGAUCUUGUCCCUACAGGCUUAAGCAAGUCUGAUAAGCCGCUGAUGUUCUUCUUUCCCAAACCUUGUCAAUCUGAUUCUCUAUCAGUGAAGGAAAAGUUCAUCCAUGCAAAGUAUGCAGAGAAGCUUUUUGUUCGCAGGCCAAAGGACAACCGACUCUCGGUGGCACAACAAAUCUGGGAGGCUGUUCAUGCUAAUGACAAAACUGUAUAUCGAUACAUUGUUAAUUCUGACGUUGAUGUUAAUGUUGCUUAUGAGCAAAUGUGCAACAGUUCCCUAACCCUUGCCAAAGUAAUGCUAUUACAAGAGCAGACUAGCCAUGAUCACAGCUCUACUUUGGCCGGCAACACAUUGGACUGGUCCUCAAGUAAAGAAGGCCCUGUCAUGGACAAUCUAGAUGGGUGCACCCUACUUCACCUUGCAUGUGAAACUGCAGAUAUUGGCAUGGUGGAGCUCCUCCUACAGUAUGGUGCAAAUGUUAAUGCAACUGAUUCAAGAGGUCAAACGCCACUACAUCGCUGUAUUCUCAAAGGCAGAUCUGCAUUUGCAAGAUUAAUGCUUUCAAGGGGUGCGGAUCCGCGAGCUGUGGAUGAGCAGGGAAGAACCCCAAUUGAACUUGCUGCUGAGUCAAAUGCUGGUGAAAGAGAAGUCCAUGCUCCAUUAAAUGACUCAAAUGGAUGAGAGUGAUAGACGAAUAUUUCGGAGUUUAUUACAUAUAUAAAAUAUGGAAGAUUUGAUUAUGUAAAUUUGUAUUUCAUAAAUUGAAAAGCUGGGUUUUUUUUUCAAGUAAAAAGUCCCUAGUGUGGAAGAUUAAGGAGAGAGGUAGGUUGAAAUGCCUGCCCCUUAGUCAUCUUGUGCAAAAAUAGUGCUAAGAUGUGUAAUGUAAAAUGGCCACAUUGGUCUAAGUUGAAGAGUUAUGCUGCACUGGUAGCACCCAGCCAGCACUUUGUAAUAUGAUGUUUGUGUAAUUUUGUUUACUUUUGAGGUGAAGCUGCGAUGCACACUAGGCUAGGGAUUUGUGUAUGUUGUGUACAUUGGUUUUUGUGAAGGUGUUGUGGCUGUAAUUCACAUUUUUGGUAUUUUUGGGAUUACUUGGUGGGACAUGUACCCAUAAUGUCAUGUCCCUAGCUCUCUAA